GGGAGAAGGAAGAGGACCCGGGGGAGGAGGAUGUAAACGCAUAGGGGAGAAGAGGCGGGGUUCAAGGGCUGGGGGAGUGGCAGGUACAGCUAGUAUAUAAGCAAGAACCAUGCGUCAGCCAUUGUCAUUCCCACUUACACAAGCAUCUGCCAUGAAGGGUGUGAGCGUCGCUAUCCUGUGCUGCGUCCUGGCGGCGGCCUCGGCGAACGAUAACCGAGGAUCCAACAGGUUCUUCAACGGAGGCUUCGGUAGCGGUUUCGGAGGUGGCUUCGGCGGUGGCUUCCCCGGCACCGGGGGAUUCCAAGGAGGCGGCUUCCCUGGCGUCGGAGGAUUCCCAGGAGGCGGCUUCCCUGGAGGUAUCGGUGGUGGCUUCCCGGGAUCCCAAGGAUCCAGCCAGUGCAGGUACUGGUGCAGGAAUCCUGAGAACCAAGUGUACUGCUGUGAAACCGACCUGGAGCCCGAGGGCCCCGUCGGCACUAAGCCUCUCGACUGCCCCGUCGUGCGCCCCACAUGCCCGUUCAACGUGCGCGGCCUGCGCCCCAUCACCUGCUCCAACGACUACAAGUGUGGCGGAGUUGACAAGUGCUGCUACGACAGGUGCCUGCAGGAACACGUGUGCAAGCCUCCCUCCUUCUUCGGCUGAAGACUGCUCCCUUGGGUAACGGAGAGGCGGACGGGAUGAUGUUGAAGCUGUCGCCAAUACAAAUUUAUUCCUUGAUACAUCACCAAAUCUGUAACCUACGACAUUCUACGCUCUGCUCGAUUCGCGUCACUUUCUUAACGUUUGAAGCAUAAAAGGAAAAUACGAAUAUAUAACAUUUACAAGACUGAAAUUAUAUACAAAAACUGGAAUACAUUUCGUGACAAAAUGCCUCUACUUCUUCAAAACAGAAAAUUUGCCAAAACAAAGUAUAUAUGAAGUAUAGAUACCGAUUGAAGAUAUCACUGUAAAAAUAUAUAUAUAUAUAAUUUCGAAAAUCACUUCAGUGAUAAAUCCCAAGUAAAGAGGUAUCAUCUCACGUAUCAUACAUUAUGUAUCAUGUAGAAUCACUGGGCAGUUUCACAAACAAGGGAUGAUAUUGAAUGUGUGACUAAUAAAUGUAAGUUAAAUGUA